CAGCAUGCAGCACCAAACUUACCAACCACUGCUACCCUGCAUCAACAAAUACUUGCAAUACAAAUGGGAUAAAAGCUGCUAUGAAAUGCACAGGAAACGGGUUCAGUCUGCGAAGGCAACUAUAAACACAACUCCGCCUUUGGUCUAUGGCCACCUUCUUGUCAAGCGGAAAAAACAGACGCUUGAAGAAGAACGGCUUUCAACAAUCCAAAGAGAAAAUCACAUGCUUCUUGAUAAAAUAUCCCAUAUAAUGAGGACCACUGGACGAAUUGACUGUAGAAAUGAUUAUGUGAAAAAAAGUCUUUGUUCAGACAAAAGACAACAGGAUCUGCUCCAGAUCGUCAAGGAAAACCAGCAGAUUUUCCGGCGUUUAUCCCAGUGCACACCCCACUAUAGUGUCCAGCUGUGGCGGGAACAGUGGCUGGAAACCCUCAGUCUCAUGGAGAGCAUCGGACGCUUCCCACGCUUGAGCAACACUCAGACAUCUUCAGGUGGUUCCUCUCAGAGGCAUGUGGCCUUGUCUAAAGAGAAGGCUGCCAAAAAGUCCAAGAAGUCUAUACAAGAAGAUUCCCGAAUCAUGGAAAAGCCAGCACUGGAAUGUGAGAGAGGAGAAAAGCAGAGGCAGACAGAAUCUGAGGACAAAUCUGAAUCAGAAGAUGAUCUGACAAAAGCAAAUGAGUGACUAAAUAUCAUACUAUUCAUUUUCUAUUUAAAUGAUCUUUUUUACAUGAAUAGAGAUCUAGGAUAGCAUAGGAUACUAUACAGGACUGAUAAUUUAAACUUUAAAGCACCUAAAGCAUCCCAUUUUAACAUAAAAUAAAAUUCCAGUAUCUUGUAGUACCGUAUCUUACUAAUAAGGCUGGGCAUUACAUUUUGUCAAGAAAAAAAAAUGAAGCUAACAUUGUUACAUGAUGUGUUAAGCUUUUAGUAAAAAUGCAAGAAACUCACAUAUGUUAUAUUUUCAAGUUUUUAAGCUUGAACUGGAGAGGACAGCAGCUGGUUGGUAGUUGAUGAUUAAUGGAGGGGAGGCUGGUUCCCUCAUAUAAUGUUAAAUAUUUGAAAAUCUCUGUAUAUCUGGAAAUGAUUUACAUAUCAAUGUUUGCACAAAUGAGUGAUUUUUCUUUGGAUUGAUGACUUUUAAGACCUAUUUGUCAAUUACAGUUUCACAAAACACAGACUGAUUCAUUAAAUUCAAUAAUUCAUCCACAUAACUUAAAAUGUGACUGGAUUGUUGAUGUGAAUCUACAUCUUUGAAACUGAAACUUUGCAUUUUAAUGG